CAUUAUCCAUGGAUUACAACACUUUCCAAUCCAGAUGGUGGACCUUAUUUUCCAUACUUGGACCAAUAAACUUGAAUCAGGUAUGAUUUAUCCUAAAUGAUAAACUCUAACAAGAUGGAACAUUUGUUCAGACAGAGAGAAAAGGGAGAGAGAGGCGAGGAGAAGGUCAGUGUACUGACUGUCCUUGUGCAGAUAACAUUAAUGGACAUACUGAUGGACAAGAAUAACACUGAAAUGGAGUAAACAACAUGUAGCAAAGCCUUGAUGAAGCAGCCUUUCAGGGCUACAACAACAGUGUUCCCUGUCUCCCCCAUCCACUGCCUAAAACCCUCUUGAAAGAUAGGUUCACUUCAGCUCUUACAUCAGUGCCUGUUGUUUAGAUAAUCAGCAAACAUAAUGAUGAAAAAAGGACAAAUCAUCUUCUAAAAGAACUUCAUCAAGACGGUUGUUUCAGCAGCUGGCAGCUGAGGGAGAAACAAGAAGCAUCAAGCAAACAUUCUCUCCUGAAGCAGACAAGAUUGGAUCGACACAGACCAGACCAGCAAUGUAAAUCACUGUACUGCAAUCCCAUGUAAACCAUUUUUUGCAAGGACUGACUGUUGGUAAUCCCUGGACAAACACUCACUGUGUGUAAAACAAUAUACAGUUUAGUCAAAUGGCUGGAGAUUAUGACUAAACUGUGCCAAAACUACCACCUCCAACCCCACAGCUGAAAAUAGGUAUGUGAACACGACCUUCUGCAGAGAGCAGCCUGUUUCCACCAUUCCUGCAUGUCUUCCUGAAAUUAGACCGUCGCUCACGAGAUUGCAGAGGAAGAAGUAGUCACCAGUGUAUGGCAGGCUAACACACUUCAGUAAAUUCAAUCCAAACUGUCUAUUUGAAUAGACAUGCUCAAUCUGUCAUUCCUGCUGCUUAGCCUUACCACAGCUACCAGCCGAUUCAUUCAAUUUAGUCUAUCCAGUUUCUUCCAAGAACUGGUAACGUUAGAUAACAUUACUAUUUGAAAUUGGGAUAUUCCAAUUAUAUUGCAGAGGCCAGAUCUUGACACAACCUUUAGCAUGAACUCAGCAAAUGCAUAAGUGAUGUUUAUCAAAGAAGAUGAGGCUACAAACUUCCAUAUGAACCUUUCCCUCGAGCGGUUCUCACCACCUGCAGCACUUAACCAGCCUUUUAAUCUUAACAGAACGCCAUCUUGUCUAACUAUGAAUACUGCCUCAGUGAACCAGUCGGACUGCCCUGACGUGAAAGUUCCUGUCCCUCUCUUCUUCACCAUCGGAUUAGUGAGCCUAGCUGAAAAUUUCCUGGUUGUAGUGGCCAUCAUACGGAAUCGGAACCUUCACUCACCCAUGUACUGCUUCAUCUGCAGCCUGGCAGCCUUCAACACUAUCGCCAGCCUCACCAAAACCUGGGAGAACGUGAUGAUUGUGUUUGCUGAUGUGGGACAGCUGGAGAAGAAAGGUUCUUCUGAGACCAAAGCCGACGAUGUGAUUGACUCCCUGCUGUGUAUGUCAUUCAUUGGCUCCAUUUUCAGUUUCCUGGCUAUUGCUGUGGACCGGUACAUCACCAUCUUCCAUGCACUGAGAUAUCACAACAUCAUGACAAUGCAGCGCACCAGGGCCAUCUUGGGUGUCAUCUGGAUGACAUGUGGGGUGUCGGCUGUACUCAUGGUGAAGUUCUUUGCUUCUAAGUUCAUCAUGAUCUGCUUUGUCGUCUUCUUCCUCAUCUCCCUGGCGACUAUCUGCUUCCUCUAUGUCUACAUGUUCAUGCUGGCACGCAUACAUGCCAGGAGGAUCGCAGCUCUGCCUACCAGUGGUGGGAGGAAAUGUCGGUGCCAGCGGAGGUGGGGUAGCAGCAUGAGAGGAGCGCUGACUCUCACCAUCCUGUUUGGGACAUUCGUGGUGUGUUGGGCACCGUUUUUCCUUCACCUCAUCAUCAUCAUGGUGUGCCCCAUAAACCCAUACUGCGAGUGUUACCGGUCACUGUUCCAGCUGCACACGGUGCUACUGAUGUGUCAUGCUCUUAUUGACCCAGCCAUCUACGCCUUCCGCAGUGCAGAGCUCAGACAAACCUUCAGGAAGAUGCUGCUUUGUUAAAAUUUGUAGCAAUGCUCGUAGAGAAAUAUUUGACAUACAUCCACAAAACCACUGCUCUUUGCGCUUUACAUUCACUGGGUUGUAUAUAUUUACACCUGGGAGUCAACAGUAUAUAGAUCGUACUGCUGCUGAGCAGCUGUGGGUGCUCAAAGGCAUCCUGCAGCAACUUUCUUCCUUCACUUCUCCCUGUCUGUUUUUUAACGCUGAAUCAAGGCUGCUGUCACCUGUACGUUUGGUUCCUUAGCGUGAACAUUUGUGUGUUCAUGUGUAUGUCUGAAUACACCUCUCCAAACAUGAAUGUUUUAGUGAGUGUGAGUGUUUUCUUCACUUCCCUGCCUCGCUGGCUGUCUAACCAUCC